AUGGCAGAGCCCUUGUCUGCCCAACGCCCAGUGCAUAUCGCGGAGUCGGAGCUGUACUUCCUCAUCGCCCGGUACCUAUUGGCGGGCUCGUGUUGGAGAGCGGCCCAGGUACUGGUGCCGGAGCUGGCGCAGUGCCAGUUGUUGCCCAAGGGAUUGGACUGGGAGAGCAACCAGCACAACAGGAGCUACGAGGAAUUGGUCUUGCCCAGUAAAGAUGUGGCUCCUGAUCAUGUAUUGCAAAUCUGCCAGCGCAUUGGUCCUAUGUUGGAUGAAGAAAUUACGGCUGGGCGCGAAAUUCCACCCAGUAUUUCAAGAGUCACUUCUUUGUUUGGUGCAGGAAGGCAGUCUUUGCUACUUACAGCAAAAGGUAACUUAAUUUGAAGAAGUGUUCUG